UUUGUAUCUGUCAUUGAUUUACGAAAAAUUUACAAUAUUUUUAGGUACGAUUAUUUCGAAAAUACGACGUAAUUUUAAAAAUCAUGUUGCGCCAGCCGUUGACCCGGGCGCUGGCACUGGGCUCGCCGACGCGCGUGGCUCCGCUAGCAGCCCGCCGCUAUGCCAACCAGCCCGCUGCUGCCGACAAAGUGGAAGUAUUCAUUGAUGAUAAGCCUAUACUUGUCCCUCCGGGCACAACAGUAUUACAGGCUGCAGCUGAAGCUGGUGUAGAAAUCCCCCGAUUCUGUUACCAUGAGAGGUUGGCUGUGGCUGGUAACUGCAGAAUGUGCCUGGUUGAAGUUGAGAAGUCUCCUAAGCCCAUAGCAGCUUGUGCUUUCCCUGUGAUGAAGGGAAUGCGUGUGAAGACUAACUCCGACCUGACUAGAAAAGCCCGUGAGGGUGUUAUGGAGUUCCUCCUGGUGAACCACCCCCUGGAUUGUCCCAUCUGUGACCAGGGUGGUGAAUGUGACCUCCAAGAUCAGUCCAUGGCAUUUGGAUCUGACAAGAGCAGAUUCACUGACAUUCAUUUCUCUGGAAAGAGGGCCGUGGAGGACAAGGAUGUGGGUCCACUGAUCAAGACGACGAUGACGCGCUGCAUCCACUGCACGCGCUGCAUCCGCUUCGCCUCCGAGGUGGCCGGCGUCGACGACUUUGGUACUACUGGCCGUGGUAGUAACAUGCAGGUGGGAACGUAUGUGGAGAAGAUGUUCCUCUCGGAGUUGUCUGGCAACAUCAUCGAUCUGUGUCCGGUUGGCGCGCUCACCUCCAAGCCAUACUCCUUCGCCGCCAGACCCUGGGAAACGCGGAGGAUUGAUUCCGUCGACGUCCUCGACCCGCUGGGCAGCAACAUCGUGGUCACCACACGCACCAACGAAGUGCUGCGCAUUCUCCCCAGGACCAAUGAGGAGAUAAACGAGGAGUGGCUAUCAGACAAGUCCCGGUUCUCGUGCGACGGGCUGAAGCGGCAGCGGCUGGUGACGCCGAUGGUGGCGGACAGCCGCGGGAACCUCACGCCCGUGGACUGGGAGGAGGCCGUGCUCGCCGCCGCGGGGGCUAUACGGGACUGCCCGCCCAACAAGCUGGUGGGCGUGGCAGGUGAGCUCGCUUGCGCAGAGUCCCUGGUAGCGUUGAAGGACCUGCUCAACCGGCUGGGCUCCGAGCACGUGUGCACCGAACACUACUUCCCGCUGGAUGGCGCUGGCAUAGACCUGCGAUCUUCGUAUCUGCUCAACACUAAGAUCGCUAACGUGGAGGAAUCAGACUUCGUGCUGUUGAUCGGCACCAACCCGCGGUUCGAGGCGCCGCUGCUGAACGCGCGCAUACGCAAAGCGUACAUACACAAGGACACCGACGUCGCGCUCAUCGGGCCCAAAGUUGACCUCACCUACGAUUACACCCACGUGGGCGAGUCAGCAUCUAUCGUAAAAGACCUGGCAUCAGGGUCUCACGAGCUGCAGAAGCGCCUGCAGGCGGCCAAGCGCCCCGUGGUCAUCCUGGGCGCUGACCAGCUCAAGGGGCCGGAGGGGCCCGCAAUACUUGCCUACACGCAGGAACUCGCCCUGAAGCUGCAGGAGAAUCUUGAGGAUAAGGAGUGGAAGGUAUUGAACGUGCUCCAGCGCACAGCUUCGCAAGUGGCGGCUCUGGACAUCGGGUACCAGCCGGGGCUGGGCGCAGUGCUACAGUCGGGACCCAAAGUGGUGUACUUGCUAGGCGCAGACGCGGGCGUGGUUACUAGAGACGCACUUCCUAAAGACUGCGUCGUCAUCUACCAGGGCCACCACGGCGACCAGGGCGCCAGCAUCGCGGACAUCGUGCUGCCGGGCGCCGCGUACACGGAGAAGCGCGGCACGUACGUCAACGCGGAGGGCCGCGCGCAGCAGGCGCUGCCCGCCGUCACGCCGCCCGGCCGGGCGCGGGAGGACUGGAAAAUACUGCGAGCGCUGUCGGAGGUGGUGGGCGCCAAGCUGCCGUACGACGACCUGGACGCGGUGCGCGACCGGCUGAGCCAGCUGAGCCCCGCGCUCGUGGCCUAUGGAGACGUGCAGAAUAACAACUACUUCGCGCAGGCCAGAGAACUAGCACAGAAACUACAAAAGCCGGUAUCAGGCAAGCUGGACGUGCAGCUGAAGGUGUUAGAAGACUAUUUUAUGACGGACGCGAUCAGCCGCGCUUCGCCCACCAUGGCCAAGUGCGUGCAGGCCGUGCUCAAGCAGAAGCAGGCCCCGUAUUAGGUGACAGCGACCGCAACCGAUGCUCAAAGCAUGACGACUUCUUGGAGAUAACUUAGGUACAAAAAUCAAAUCUGAAAUAGGUAGUUAAUUUGGUUUGACAAGUUAAUAGAGACCUGUCCGUACUUUCAACUGUCGCGGUGCGGCAAAUGCGCCGCACACAUGUGUACUAUAUCGAGGCCUUCGGCUAUUAUUAGCCAGCCGUACGAUGUCCAUCUACGUAGAUAGCAUUCGCAUUCUUGAUAUAAUUCACGCCGCGAGUGAUACAGUUGCUGAGCUGAAAUAUAAACGGGGUAAACGCUUCAGGAGUGAGAAUGCUAUAGGUUUCGGGUCCAUAAACCGAUUUGAAAUCAGGUAAACAAGGAUUUGACUAUAAAGCAAUUUCUUGAUGUAUUGCAAGCAACGUCUGUGUUAACUUGCCAAGCGAUAUCUGCAAGUUUUGAAAAUAGCUGAAGUGAAGAGGACUCCUGUUUUGAACAUCGUAGGCCGAUGUAAAGAUAAGUAAUAUUCCUGACAGCUAUCACUUGAAUAUUGAAGAUAAAAUACGUAAUUUUGAUCACUUUAAAUAAUCUUUGCAUAGGCUUUACAAAUCUUUGAACGUCCUGUAGUAUAUUUUUGAGCACCUCUUCAAUAUUCAAGUGACAGCAGGUGCGACUUUAGGGUAAUUAAUGAAUUUCUAUACGCCUUUCUGCAAUCAUUUUUACGAAGAAAAUACUACAGAAAUGCAAUUCUCAGUGGAACUAUAAUCACAAGUAUUUGUGAAACUAAAUUUUAGAUUAAUUAAAUAUUUCGCCAGUCGUCGACUGUUCUAAGCAUUGUGAUUGAAGCUAUUUAUUUUGUUAUUUAAUAGAUAAGCGUACAGUGUUGUCAGACUUUCCAGAUAUUAUCCUCAUAUUUAUGUAAAUCAUGUUACUCAGUAGAAGUAUUGGAGCGCAGUUAACUGGGUGUAAUCUAAGGACCGACUUGUAAAUAAGAAACGUUGUAGUAUAAAAUAAAUGUAGUAUAAUGAUUGUCGAA